CGCGAAAUGUGAACAGACUACACGUGCAGCAAAAAGUCAAAACAUUGUAUCAAUUUAUUUGUUCGGUGGAUUUAUUAACAAAUUGAAUUAAUAGUGAUCUAUUAAGUGCAAAAAUGUCUCAGUUUAAACGAUUGAACACUAAAAAGUACCUCAAAACCGGUAAAAUUGUCACGCCUGAUACUAUAUACUGGAAACAAUUGAGUGUGCCUACACUUGUGAAAGAAUUUGGUGCGAUCGACUAUGUAGACUUCAGUCCUAUUGAGCCGCAUUAUUUUGCUGUGACUUGUUCUGUACGCGUACAAAUUUACAAUCCCAUUACGAAAUUGGUUGUAAAGAAUUUAUCACGAUUUCAAGAAACUGCUUACGGAGGAACUUUUCGCCAAGAUGGUCGUUUACUUGUGGCAGGUGAUGAGCAAGGUUUGGUAAAACUUUUUGAUCCCUCUAGCAAAAAUGUUUUGCGGUUGUUUAAGGGACACAGAGGUCCAGUACAUCGCGCGCAGUUUACACAAGAUUUGCUGCAUAUUGCAAGUUUUUCAGAUGAUCGUACUGUAAAGUUAUGGGAUAUUGCAUCUGAGAAGGCUACAUUGACGUUUGCUGAACAUGAAGACUACAUAAGAGCCGGAGCAAUAAAUCCCAUGUCACCAGAUACAUUAAUAUCAGGUGGUUAUGAUGGUAAAAUAAAGAUGUACGACACUCGUACGCAACAAAUUUCAUACAGUAUCGAUCAUGGCAGUCCUGUUGAAUCAUUGCUUUUUCUCCCUACGGGUGGUAUUUUUAUCAGCGCCGGCGGUACAGAAAUGUGUGUUUGGGAUGCUUUUGCAGGAUGUCGACUACUCACGAAAAUUUCACAGCACCAUAAAACAAUAACAAGUCUGCGUCUUGGUUCCAAUGGCAAACGUUUGUUAUCAGGCAGUUUGGAUCGCCAUGUUAAGAUCUAUGAUGUUGCCACUUAUCAAACUGUACAUACGCUUGAUUUCCCAAAUGCUGUACUGAGUCUUGGUGUAGCACCGGGGGAUCAGACGGUUGUUGCUGGCAUGGUUGACGGUCUAAUUUCAAUCCAAAAUAUGGAAGUAGAUCGUAAUAAGGACGAAAUAACUAAGAGGUCAACUAACAAACCUCCACCCUUAACUUCAGUUAAAGUAGAUCAUGAAAUCCGUACUGGCGACUUUCAAAAAUUACAAAGAUAUGAUAACUUGUUGCGAAGGUACGAGUAUGUAAAAUGUUUGGACACUGUAAUGAAGACAUGUUUUGUACGACGUAAUCCUGAAGUGACAAUUAGUGUUAUGCAAGAGCUCAUACAUCGCAAAGGCUUACAUCGUGCAUUAGCCGGACGAAGCCAUGAAUUUCUCUCACGGAUGAUAUCAUUCAUAUGUAAUUACAUUGGAGAACAGCGAUUUAUGCGCGUCAUGAUUGAUGUUGCAAUGAUAUUGUUGGAUGUUUAUGGAUCGAAGUUUCAUGAAUUCACUGGUGUAUUAGGCAAAGAUUUUAUAAGAUUAGCUGGAGUGUUACGUCGAGAAGUCAACCUAACCUACGAUUUACUAGAACUGCAGGGGUGUUUAGAAUUACUUCAAACUGCUACAGAAGGUUCUGAUAGCAUUGAUGAGAUGAUACGUUUUGUGAAAGCCGAUAAUGAUCAACUAAAACAGUCUGCUCAAGCAAAGGAGUCGUCAAUUCUGACAGUAUAGCAUUAGAAUGUCAUCAAAUAGUGUAAAUAUAUUGUGUGUAAAUUAAGUACCGACAGACACUCAAACUUCCAUAGUUCAUGGCGUAAUGGAAAUUAAAUAGAGAUAAGUAUUUUAAAACAA